AUGUUCAGCUGGUUGGGCACUGAUGACCGGCGAAGGAAAGACCCUGAAGUCUUCCAUACUGUAAGCGGAGGCCUGAAGAAGCUCUACAAAACCAAGCUGCUCCCUCUGGAAGAAUACUACAAAUUCCACGAGUUCCAUUCUCCUGCUCUUGAGGAUGCGGACUUUGACAACAAGCCCAUGGUCCUGCUUGUGGGACAGUAUUCCACUGGGAAGACCACCUUCAUAAGGUAUCUUCUUGAACAAGAUUUCCCUGGAAUGAGGAUUGGGCCAGAGCCUACAACUGAUUCCUUCAUUGCAGUGAUGCAGGGGGAUGUGGAAGGCAUCAUUCCUGGAAAUGCACUGGUUGUGGAUCCUAAGAAGCCUUUCAGGAAACUCAAUGCCUUUGGCAAUGCCUUCUUGAACAGAUUUGUAUGUGCUCAACUGCCAAAUCCUGUACUAGAAAGCAUCAGCGUUAUCGAUACUCCAGGAAUCCUUUCUGGGGAGAAACAAAGAAUUAGCCGAGGCUAUGACUUUGCUGCUGUCCUGGAGUGGUUUGCAGAGCGGGUGGACCGCAUCAUUCUCCUCUUUGAUGCCCACAAGCUGGACAUCUCCGAUGAAUUCUCAGAGGUCAUCAAAGCGCUGAAGAACCAUGAGGACAAGAUGAGGGUAGUGCUCAACAAAGCAGACCAGAUCGAGACACAGCAGCUGAUGAGGGUUUAUGGUGCUCUUAUGUGGUCUUUGGGGAAAAUUGUCAACACUCCUGAGGUGGUCAGGGUCUACAUUGGUUCCUUCUGGUCCCACCCGCUGCUGAUCCCAGAUAAUCGCAAACUGUUUGAGGCAGAGGAGCAAGACCUCUUCCGAGACAUCCAAAGCCUUCCUCGCAAUGCGGCACUUCGGAAACUGAACGAUCUCAUUAAACGAGCGCGGCUAGCCAAGGUACAUGCUUACAUCAUCAGCUCACUGAAGAAAGAAAUGCCAUCUGUAUUUGGGAAAGAUAAUAAGAAGAAAGAGCUUGUAAACAACUUGGGUGAGAUUUAUGGACGGAUUGAGCGGGAGCAUCAGAUUUCACCAGGAGACUUCCCAAAUCUGAAAAAGAUGCAGGAGCAGCUGCUGGCUCAAGAUUUCAGCAAGUUCCAGCCUCUGAAGAGCAAACUGCUGGAUGCCGUGGAGGAUAUGCUGGCCAGUGACAUUGCGCAGCUGAUGGUGCUGGUGCGCCAGGAGGAGUCCCAGAGGCCCGUCCAGAUGGUGAAAGGGGGAGCCUUUGAAGGCACCCUGCACGGCCCCUUCGGACAUGGCUAUGGCGAAGGGGCCGGAGAAGGAAUCGACGACGCGGAGUGGGUGGUGGCGAGGGACAAGCCCAUGUAUGACGAGAUCUUCUACACGCUGUCACCUGUGGAUGGGAAGAUAACUGGGGCCAAUGCCAAGAAGGAGAUGGUGAGGUCCAAGCUGCCCAACACGGUGCUGGGCAAGAUAUGGAAACUGGCUGACAUCGAUAAGGAUGGGAUGCUGGAUGACGAGGAGUUCGCUUUGGCUAAUCAUCUCAUAAAGGUCAAAUUAGAAGGUCAUGAGCUCCCAAAUGAGAUUCCUUCCCAUCUCAUCCCACCAUCUAAGAGGAAAUUAGCAGAGUGAUAAGCCUACCAAAAAGAAUUUGGGUUGGGG